UAUGGCAACCCUCGCUGUAUGUCAUUUGAAUUUCAUCUCAUUAUCAAAGAUAUUUUAUUAUAUUACAGGGUCAUAUUUCCCGGCUAAAAGCUCUUCUUCCAUGGAAGCUAUUUCCCAGUGUGGGCAGACAUAAAAUGCUACCGCGGGUAGUGAACGGACUUGGCUCUCAGUUUCGGAGGAUUUUAUCGAGAUCUCGACCAAACAUGGCGGUAUGCCGAGUGCUAUGAAAACAAGAUGAUGCCCUACGUGUAUUGAACUUGUGACAUUGUUUAGUACCGAGGUUAGUGAGAACUCUCGAAUAUUUCCCGAAGAAACAGUUUUCAUUCGACAAUCAGCUGUGAUGUGUUAACAAAAAUAGUAAUUUCUUGUAUGUUAAAAAGAGCUAGUCUGCGCUGACUGCAGAUCAAGUUAGCUAAGGUUACUUCAAUCAGUGGAGUUGAUGUGAUGUUUCUUUCGUUUCGGAAUGUUUGAAAACCUCUAUUUGAAGUGAAGAAUUAUAAUGAUUACAAUGCCACGAGACUAAUAUAAGUGUAAUGCAAUGUUUUCACGCGGCUUCAUCGUGAAAGAAUGUAGGAUAAUAUAUUUAUAUGUGGAUUCUAACCUCUUGUACUGCUGAUCCUGGGAUGAAUUUGAAUGACUGAUCCUGCCUGUAUGCAUGUGAAAUCAGAAGCCAUGGAUAUUAAGGUUUUACACAAGAGUAGUACAUUUAGCUCCUUCACCAGUGGCAGCCAUAAAAUUGGCAAUUGGUUUGCCACUUUGAGUGAGCGGAGAAGAAAAAGCUCAAUGAAGGCCUCAAAAAGUCUAACUUUAGGGGUAGUGCAUGAAAACCCCCGUUUUGGAUCUGAUGGGGAAUCGGAAGAAGCGUCCGGGGCCUCGGAUGAGGUGACGUCUCCAGUCAAACUGCGCCCAAAGAAUCGGAGACUUAGUGAGCAAGAUAUCAACAAACGGUUAUCUUUGCCAGCUGAUCUACAUUUACCUGAGUCCUUCAUUGCAAAACAAAAUGUUAGUCCAACAAUUGAUGGGCCUCUUAGUCGUGCUACUCGACGACAAUCCCUAUCGGAAAUUGGCUUUGGUCGAAUGGAAACUUACACAAAGUUGGGCAAACUAGGCCAAGGCACAUACGCUACAGUAUUCAAGGGGAAGUCCCGACUGACUGAUAACUUGGUGGCUCUUAAAGAAAUUCGCCUUGAGCACGAAGAAGGUGCACCUUGCACUGCCAUUAGAGAAGUUUCUCUCCUCAAAGAACUGAGACAUGCCAAUAUAGUUACAUUGCAUGACAUAGUCCAUACUGAGAAAUCACUCACACUUGUCUUUGAGUACUUAGAAAAAGAUUUAAAGCAGUAUAUGGACGACUGUGGAAAUAUUCUCAGUCUAAACAAUGUGAAGCUUUUUCUUUUUCAAUUACUUCGGGGCCUUGCCUAUUGCCAUAGAAGAAGAAUUUUACAUCGGGAUCUGAAGCCUCAAAAUUUGCUCAUCAAUGAAAGAGGAGAACUGAAAUUGGCAGAUUUUGGACUGGCACGAGCCAAGUCUGUCCCCACAAAAACUUACUCUAAUGAAGUUGUCACAUUGUGGUACCGGCCUCCAGACGUUCUCCUGGGAUCUACAGAAUAUUCUACCCAAAUUGAUAUGUGGGGAGUGGGCUGCAUCUUCUACGAAAUGGCAUGUGGCCGUCCCUUGUUCCCGGGUUCCACUGUGGAAGAGGAGCUGAGACUCAUUUUCCGUGCCCUCGGCUCUCCACCAGCAGACGCGUGGGGUGGCAUGGCAGCCUCCUACGACAUCCCUCAUUACCAGCCAGCCCCUUUGCUUUCCUGGGCCCCUCGCCUAGACGCAGAUGCUUAUGAAGCCAAAAAGCGUGUGUCUGCCGCGGAUGCCAUGAAGCAUACAUACUUCCGUUCCUUGGGCCCAGCUGUCCAUAAGCUACCUGAUGUGGUUUCUAUCUUCACUGUACCUGGAAUACAGUUAAAUAAAGAUCCUGGCUACCGAGCUUCGGGUUUCCCAAAGUCAGGUGUGUCAGGUCGCAGCAGGCGUCAAAGCAUGUUGUUAUGAAGAAGGAAGGUAAACUGAAAGCACCGUAUAAUGAAAACUCCUUACAAAGAACAACUUUAGUUCUUUAUUUUCAGAAGACAAAGAAGAAGAAGAAGAUAAAAGAAAUUAGAAUGUGUCAGGUGACAUUAUUUUUGGUAUGGCAGCGUGCCAUAUUCACUGUGUCAGAAUUGUUUGGGGUUUCUGUGUGGUAAUUUAAUGAUUUUGAUUGUUGACUGUGAAUAUGUGCUGUAAAAAUGAAUUAAUGUAAUGAUGCUUUACCAUGGGAUUUUUGGUCAGUUAGUAAUGUGUCAUGUAGAUCUCUAAUACAUUGGAAUGAAUGUAGGUGAAAAAGCUUUAACUUUGAAUAUGUGUUUGAUUUUCAAUGAUUUGAGGAAUUGUCAGGUAACAAUUACAUGUAGAAUAUUGUUGAAUUGCAUUCAUACUUGUGUAUUCUUUCUCUUCUCUGUCUCUGUCAAAUUUCAUUUUUAUUUCAAUGUAAGUUUGCAUUUCUUUAUGUAAAUAUUAUUUAUGUUUCAUUCUAGUUGUGUUUGCUUACUUUAAACAAAAUUAAUUACAAACAAAUGUAGCUAUUGAGAAUCAAUUAUGUACAUAAUUCAGUUCCAUUUAUUAGAACGUUUAUCAUUUUAUUUCUUCAUUUCCUAUUAGCUGUCAAUUCCAUCACAUUUAAUAUAUUUUUAAUACUGUUGACAAGCAUCUUGUCCACUUCAAAAGAGGAUUCCUAACAAACUUUGCUGACGAGACAUUUGAAGCUAUCGCACUUCAAAAAUCCAUAUGACAAUUCGUAAACAUUGUUUCCACAUACAAACUUCUAGUAAUAUGAACCUGUUUUAUUGAUGAUAAAGAAUUCACUUUCGUAAGCAGAAUGCCCUAUUCAGUAAAUCAAUGUCUAAUAAUUAAACACCUUCGUAGAUAAAGGCCUGUUAAAAAUUUGUCAUAUCUGCCAUCAUCAGGGUUUUCAAUCUGUUAGAUGUGAAUGCCUUGAUGUAUGUGACAAACUUAUUUGAAUGUCCUGAAUUUGACAGUAACUCUAUUACAAAAUACAUUUUUCUGGGAGGGAAAAUAUAUGUAACAUUUCAUAUUGAUGGUGGAUGGAGAAGUGAUUUUAAUAAAGUUUUGGUGUAUAUUCAUUUCUGAUCCAUCCAAAAUGGACAAACAAUAUUUGAAGUGCAGGGGCGUAACAAAUGGACCCAAAGGGCCUAAGAGUUAUGAGAGUCGUCCAGUUGUAACAUGGUUUUUGAUGUACUCUUCAUUGAAAGAAAGCAGAACUUUUGUUUUAUGAAGGUGGUUGGAGUUUGUAUCUGCCAAAGUCUUUUCAGAAAAUUGUGAAAAAUAGUUUAAGUUAUUACUCUUUUUUAAUUUACUAUUACUUGCUUUUUUUAAGUUAAACUGUUUGCAUAAGGCAAUUCUGAAACCUUUUGUAGAUCUAUUAGAGUUUUUUGUUGAUUUGUUUGUUUCUUAACCUUAUUUUCAUGUUACAACAGUUUCUUUUUUUGGUGAUAUUUAACAUUGACAUAAUAGAAGAUGAACUCUAUUAAAUUCUUUACAAAUUCUAGAUUUGAUAUUAUUAGAAACUGGUACAUGGCAGUUAUCUAUUCCAAUUAUCUUUAUUCUAUCCUUUCUGUUAUUCUUUUCAUCCAUUUUGUUAACUCUUAUUAUAUCUAUCAUAUAAUACAAAAUUUGUGAACAAAAAACAUUAUAUCUAGUUCAGUUAGCGUGAAAUGUAAUAUGACAUAUAGUCUUGGGUUGUGAAUUGAAGUUCUACUAGUCUAUAUGAAGAUCGUAGUUUAUGGUAUGGUAUGUUAACAAAGUAGAGCCUUUUAUUGCUACACUUCUUACCAUAAUGUUCAUGUUGAACUGAUUUUAUAGAUAAUUUGAUAGUAAUUAUAACUUUGGAAAGAAUGUACACAAUUUUUAGAGGAUUUUUUUUUAGAAUGAUUGAAAUGAAACACACCUGACUGAAUCCAUGGUAAAGUGUCUUUGAUUACCUCAGGCUAGUCAUUAUGAAAGUUAGUGUCCUAAACAUAUACAAUCAUGCUGUUGAAUUGUCUCCAACACAGUUUCUGGACAAUGCUGAGAGUCAUGCUUGGCAUGUGGUGCAGUGUGAGGAGUCAAAAGCUUGUGCUUCCAUUAUCUAACUGCUGCUUUUUUGGUUAGGCAAGAGUAAUAUAAGGUAACCCACAAACUUGUUAUUCUGUACAAAUUUUCUUCCUUCAAUUGAUUUUAUUUAGAUAACAUCAAGUUCAUCUUUUCCUAAUACUUAUGUAGUUUAUUUUCCAAGUACUCUUACUUUUACAAAGUAAUUUUCUAAAUAGUAAUUUGUGACGUAUAUACACUCCAAGCAUUUUGCUUGCAUUGAGUGUGGUGUACCAUGUUUAUUAAAGAAAACAAAGUAAUGGGAAUAUAUUUACAGAAGAAAUGUAGGCUUAAAUGCAAUGAUAUAGUAUUAAGUUGUUUUAAUAUCACUUUUAAUACUUAAAGAUGAGCUGUUGAUGUCAAUAAAAAUCAAAAUUAGAAAACCAAUGAGAAUGUUUUAGUGUUUGUGCUUGUUCCAGUGCCAGUUCCUAAAUUUUUAGUAAAGAUUACUCUGGGAUUAAGAAAUACUUGGAACAAAUUAUAUUCCUGAUGUAAGGCUCAUCAGAUUUCUGAUAUUGGGGAAAAAAUUUUAUACUGCACCCAACUUACUUUUCAAGCUACUACCACCAUGUAAAUUAUUAUGUCAUUAAAGGAAAAAAUAUAUGAAUUUAAACAUUUUGCUGAAGUUUGUCAUUAUAUGUAAGUUUGCGGGUUACAAGAUGGUGAAGUGUGCAUGUGCCAUACUCACAAAUUAUGAAUGAAUUUGUCAAUUGAAAGGUUCAGCAAAGAACAGUGAAGUGAAUAUUUCCUUUGCUAUUAUUUUAUAUUGGUUAAAAUUCCUUGUUUAAGAGACUUGUGAUGGAGAUUUUUGAUAUUUUUUGUUAUCUUAUGGACUCUGAUAUUGCCAGGUCUAUUUUGGUUUUCUAGAACUCUUCAAUUAAAUCAAAGUUGUUGUUCUGCAUGUUUGUUACAUGUGUUGAUUUGUAAAUACAAAAAAAAGCAUAUAAUCUGGAUGUAACCUCCAAAAUUGUAAGUUAUUUACUACAAACUCCUUUCAUUCUCAGCCAGCUUUCAGAUGAAUGUUUUGGCAGCUUUUUUCCUUAAUGGUGUAAUUAUUUACAGACUUUAUUAGCACCAUUGUGAGAAAUGGAGACAAAUGAGAAUUACCAACUAUGUUUAAUGCAGUUUUAUUAUUAUUUAACUGGAAGUGUUGUUUCCAGACAAUAUAUGUAAAUAUAUUAAAAUGCAACCACACAUGUACCCCUAUAUGCAUUUACUGGUAUGCAUGUGUUAUGUGUAUCCUGUUCAUUUGGUUGUACAUGACCCUUGUUUUGAGUAGCUUCCCCUGAUGAAGCAUAAUGCAAUGCUUGCAUAUUGGCCUGAGACUGUACAUAUGCUGGACAUGACCAUACGUGAAAGACAGCAAGACGCACUUUGCUGAUAGAUCCGAAAUAUGGCUGUGAGAAAUCUUCUACCACCACACACAACUUUGAAUUCUGAUUAAAAUUUCUGCUUUUAAAAGCUGUAAAAUAAUUGAAGUAGAGAUCAGGACUGUUGGCAGUCUUGCUUACAAGUUUACUGUCUCAUAUGGUGAGAUGCCUGGUCAAUUCUUAGCUAUAUGGAAUAGCUAUUAGCAGUGAUGAUAGUUGUAGAGUAGUUUUGACUCGAUCAUUUCCAUCCAUUAAAAGUAAGUUGCAUCAUAUUUGUGAAUUUUAACUGGGAUUCCAAAGUUUGUAUGGUGCUCUUGGACUUGCAUUUCUUGUCAUAUAUAGCGAAUAAGAAAAACUUUAUAUUGUGAUAAUGACAACUUUUAACAAUCUUGUGCAAUGGUUACUUUUCUACCACUUCUUCUUCGUCUUCACAUUUUAGAAUUUACCUUCAUUGCAGUAAGUUGGACAGAAAAGUACCUUCCAACACUUUUUUCUGGUAUAUCCUCUAGAGUAAAGAUGUAGUUGCCUCUAGUGAUGUAACACCAAUAUAGAAAUGUUUCAAUCUAGAAACAAAAUUCACAUCUCAGGAACUUAUUCGAUUUACUUGCAUUUGUUAUUUUAGCAACAAAAAAAUUAUACAAGUGCAAAAAUAGUGUUGUAAUUGACAUCUUGUUUAUGAAGUUCAUAUUUAAUGAAAAUGUGAGUCAGUCAAUCUUUUGGGCUGUUGUGUUGCAAAUAUUUGUGCCUUCAUCUGUCUCGGCUUCACAAAAUUCCUAGCUAAUGGAGCUCUUAUGUGGUCAAUCAGGUCAGAUAUUGCAGUGUUAAAUAAAUUUCCUGUGAGGGAUUUUUGGAUAGUACAGUGGAAUCUCAUUUGCACUUUUUCAAAGAAUCAGAAGUUUUGAACAUUGUAAACAGGAAAAUGUUAAGAAAUGCUCAAUUUGUCAAUUUCACAUUUCCUUGCAGGGUGGCCACUAUCUGAAAAAACUGGAGAACCAGGGAAUUUGUAUGAGAGUCAUAAGAAAUCAGGGAAAAGUUUUAGUAUGUUGUAAAACUAGGUAUUAUUCCUUAAAAACAUUAGUACAUCACUGUUUUGCUCAAUUUGUAUUUAGUGAGAAAAUAUUAAUUUGUACUUUGUCAUGGCAAAAUCAGAGCUGGACAAUUAGUAUCUGGAUAAUUUAAAUAAUUUCUUUAAGUGUGAAAUUAUAUAUCUUAUUAGAAAAAUGUACUAGAGAUGACAUGGAAAUUUGUUCCAGAAUGAGUGGCCAUCCUGCCUUAUUCAGUACACAAUAAUAUGAAAUAGAAGCUAAUUUACAUGUAAGACACCAUUACACAUCAGGUUAAUUUAAUUGCAUAUAAUAACUAAAUAAAACCAAACUUACAUGUAAAUAAAUAAUGCAAAUUAAUUAAAAAUCAGCAUCCUCUGUGUCAAAAUUAAAGAAUUGCAUGGUAAUGCCACUGAACAAAGAUGGCAGAGAUCCAGAACAUCACAUUUCCCUUUAUCUUCAGUUCAUAAUCGUACAGGCUGAAAGUGCCCAUCUGUGCUUUCUUUUUCUCUGGACACUCACACAUUGAAGACAAUGUGGGUCCACUAGAAAACUCAAGAAUCCUGGAAAAUGUUUCCAACAAAUUUAAAUGUGCUAAGCAGAAUUGUUAAUCGUUUAAACAAGUAAUUUAACAGAUUUGCGAUGCGGGCUUAAAAAUUCAGACAUGUGGGAAAACAUGUUAAUGGACACCAUGCUAAUGAGAUUUCACUGUAAAAGAAAAUAUAUAAUGAAAAAAUCGGUUAAUAACUAGCCAUCGUAGUAUUGUUAAUUUUUGUUUUCUUACAAGUUCAGUGCUGCUGUUAAUUUUAAAUCAUUAUGAUUAUUACAGUAAUUCAAGAAUAUUCUAUUAGUAUUAUUACUAUUAUUUUUUUUCUCUCUCUCUCUCCCC